AAACAGAGCAAAAGAAAGCCUAAAACCCUAACCCCUCCCCCAAAACCCUAAUUCCUCUGAGAGAGAUAUAAAACCCCAAUCUCCUCUCUCUACUCCUCCGCCGUUUCAAAAACCCUAAACUCUCUCUCUCUCUCAUAUUUCAGACGAUGAGACCUCCAAGAGGUGGUGGAGGCCGCGGCGGAGGCGGAUUCCGGGGUCGGAGCGACGGAGGUGGAGGCAGAGGAAGAGGAUUCGGUAGAGGCGGCAGGGAUGGCGGCAGAGGCGGUAGGGAUGGCGGCAGAGGCCGUGGCGGUGCCAGAGGCGGGGGCCGUGGGCGGGGAGGGAGAGGUGGCGGGAUGAAAGGCGGGAGUAAGGUCGUGAUCGAGCCGCAUAGGCAUGAGGGUGUGUUUGUGGCGAAGGGGAAGGAGGAUGCGCUUGUCACGAAGAACAUGGCAGUCGGGGAAUCAGUCUACGGAGAGAAGAGGAUCGCAGUUCAGAAUGAGGAUGGAACAAAGGUUGAGUACAGGGUGUGGAACCCCUUCCGUUCAAAGCUGGCAGCGGCUAUUCUUGGUGGCGUUGACAAUAUCUGGAUUACUCCUGGAUCUAAGGUUCUCUACCUUGGAGCUGCUUCAGGGACCACUGUAUCUCAUGUAUCUGACCUUGUUGGACCUACGGGAAUGGUGUAUGCGGUAGAGUUCUCGCAUAGAAGUGGUAGAGACUUGGUUAACAUGGCAAAGAAGCGAACAAAUGUUAUACCCAUCAUUGAAGAUGCUAGGCAUCCUGCCAAAUACCGGAUGCUGGUCAGCAUGGUGGAUGUCAUAUUUUCUGAUGUUGCCCAACCAGAUCAGGCGAGGAUCUUAGCUUUGAAUGCCUCAUAUUUUUUGAAAAAUGGAGGUCAUUUUGUGAUAUCAAUUAAGGCAAACUGCAUAGACUCCACCGUUCCGGCAGAGGCAGUUUUUGCGCAAGAAGUGAAGAAACUGCAGGCUGAUCAGUUCAAGCCUUCAGAGCAGGUGACCCUAGAGCCCUUUGAACGUGACCAUGCCUGCGUCGUCGGUGGAUACCGGGUGCCAAAGAAACAGAAAGUUGCUGCAUCAUAGAGAAAAAAUGGGUUCGUAUGCCUGCAGCCCAGCAAUUUCGAUCAUGGUUUGGGUUUGUUUUGGUUUAAAAGAAGAGCCGCCUGUGUAGUUUGCAUCAGCACUCAUCAGUUUUCUGAGGAAGGUAGAUUAAAAGGCAAGUGAUCUCAAUAUAUUGAGUUUCCAUUUUGUUUGUAGUAGAAUGUUCUUGAUUUUCUGACCUUUAUCAAAAUAGUAGAUUGUUCUGGUUUUCAGAUCCUUAUCAAAUUACUUUUGCUUGA